AUGGUUAAUGUAUCGGAAGAAUUAUUAGACAAGUUUUAUGAUCUCGCCGAUUUCGAUCAACACAAACGUCAUAAUGCUGUGAUUGCCAUUUUAAAUGAAUUUAAGCAGGAUGGUUCUUAUUUGAUGGAAAGGUUGGUAUCAGGCCUGGCAUCAUCACGAGCUGCUGCACGUAUCGGUUAUACAAACGCAUUUACCAUUAUUCUUUCUUCAUUUGGGAAAGAUUGGCCAGUCAAAGCGCUGUUCAAAUUAGCUGACGAGAAGUUGCCGUUAAAUAAAGCAGAAAAUCGGGGUUCAAUAUUGGGCCAACACUUAUUUCAUUUAGCUAUGGUGAACAGCAAUGCAUAUGAUGAGGCUCUAUGUGAAAUAGCAAAGCGAGAAAUGAAUUUAGCAAAGAAGCAAAAUGGUAUGGCUUACUCUGUUACUGAUUUGUUAGCUCAAUGUGCAAAUAAAUUGCGAGAAAAGAGAUUUGCAAAGAAUUUUUGGCCACUUGUGAAGGAAGAUGUUACGAAACCAUUGGAUUCAAUUGAUCCUGAAUGGUUUUAUUUUGCUCUACAUGUUAUGGAGAAACAUAAUGAUACAUUAAAAGCUGAGGUAUCGUUUUUGUCAGCCAGUGGAGAAUUAUAUAUUUCCGAUAAAGACUAUGAUGCGGUUAUCAACAUUCUGAAGAAAACGAGCGGUUUUGCUGAGAACGAAUUAAUAUUGAAAUUACUGCUGCUCGCACAUGCAUCAAAGAAUUUCGAAACAGUUUACAGUAAAGUUGUCGAAAAGUGGUUAUAUCAUGGCGAUUUACACAGAGUUAUAUCUCGUGCACUGCCAUUUAUUAAUACAAUGCUACAACAAAUAGAUUUCGAAAUGGAUGAGUUGGUGACUGUAUUUUCUCCCGAAUUCGUGCGUUUAGUAAGAUCGAUACGAAAGAGCAAUGAAUUUCGCUUCUUAUUUCCCACGAUUGAAAAAAUCCUGCUAGUUCUUAAAGAGUCGCUUAUUACAAAAGAAUGGACAUCAACCAACAUUACUAAAUUGCUUGAUAGUUUCGAUCGCGUUGGAGAUGGAAAUUUUGAUGAAUUCAUCGGCGGAAAUGUUAAAAUCACGGAAAAGAUUCUACUGCAACUGCAUGACGAUACCUUUGCCGUAGUCCUUGAAGCCUUGAAGGAACGUGGUUGGAGAUUAAGGCGGAUAACUAAUGUAUUUCUACAUUGGCCCGUAAACGUCCAAGAAAAUGUUUUGCAACUAUUGUUUAAACAAGGAAAAUGGACAGAGGAAACACGCAAUGCUUUUUGUUCAUCUAUUGCUUCCUUAUUCGUUGUCAGUGUAAGAGCAGGGAGAAAUGUCACUGCAAUUUAUAAAGAAGAACACAAAAAGCUGUUACAAAAAUUGAUUAAAAAGCAGGAUAUAGGAGUUAAACCACCAGUGGUUAGCGGGGCGUUAUCCGUCUUUAUGAAUAUACUUGCACUUUGGGUAACUGCAGCAUUUGAUUCGAAUGAGCGCCAUUCAUAUUUAAAAGAUCUUACUGAGAUGUCAGCAAUUAGUGAGAAAAUGACCGAAAACGACAGCAGCGACAGUAUAGCGGUUCUGAUUGAUUUAUUACUUUCUUUAUUAAGUCGACCACAUCGGUAUCAUCGCUCAAUUGUUCAUUACGUCUUUGCUUCAUUUGUGCCACGGAUGAAACUAGAAAAUCUUUUGCAGAUUCUUGAGAUUAUCAAUCUCAGCAAUGAAGAGUUAAUGCAAGAAAAUGAUACGAGCGAAAGCGAUGAUGAAGACGGUGAAGAUGAGAAUAACUGCGAGAAUUUUGAACAAAGCAAUGAAGAGAAUGAAGUUAAUAAUAAUAUAACCGAUCAACAGAAGGAAAUGGAUGAAUCUGAAUUUGAAGAGGAAGAUGAAGAGGAAAAUGAAGUUGAUGAAGACUUUGUUAAUAAUCUUAAAACAGCACUCGGUUCUGCUGCUGCGCGUUCUGAUGAUGACAGUGACAAGGAUAGCUUGUCAUCAACAGUAAGUGACGAAACGAUGUUUCGUCUGGAUGAAAGCUUGGCAGCUGUAUUUCGUAAAAGAAUGAAAAAUUCACGAGCUCUAAGUACGUUCUUAGUAGAACAGGCUCAACAGUUUCGUGCUAAAUGUUUCGAUUUACUGUUAAUAGCAGUAUCUCAUCAAGAAGGAACAUAUAAGAUAGUGGAUCUUAUAUUGCCUUUAAUUGAAUGUGCUCAACAAGCUCUGCGUAGAAAAGAUGGAGAAUUAACUUUCAAAAAAGCAACAAACUUACUGGAAAUUAUUAUAAAACACAAAAAGAGUGAGCUAAAUGAAAAGAAUGCUAUCAAACUACUGGAUAAACUUGUCCUGAAGACAUCAGAAACCGUAAAUCCUAUUAUGAGAAAUAUUCUUGGCAAUGUUGCAAGUUUUUUGUUCGCAGGCUGUUACGAUGCAAAAGAAAAUGUUGUUGCUGAGAGUAUGCGGUCGAAAGUGAUCGAAUUAUUGGAAAAAUACAUGAAUGAUAAGAAAAACCAAAUAUUAAGCGAAAUCGUCACGGCUCCUUUUAUUAAGUAUCCGCAUGCCUUGUUAAGCGAACUUCCACGAAUCAUCGAGUUUGCCUUUGACAAAAAUAUCCGAACAUUUCACAGAGUUGAAGCUCUAUGUUGCGCAGUGGCCUUUUUGCGGAAGGAUUUGAUGAAAAACGAACAGCUUGAUCAGCAGAAGACAUGGAAAAAAAUUACGAAAUGUUUGUGCGUUUGUGCAAACAGAUUUUUUUCGAAUUUUAAUCUCGACGAUUCAAAACCUCGAUUUUUUGCAUAUUUAGUUCGAAUUCUCACUUCAUUUGCUUCUGUUACCGAAAAAUCAAACCAAAGACGCUUACAAGAAUCUUUAACCGAAGUAUUGAAGGAAUUAUGCAGUAACGAUGAACUUUGGAAGGCGACCGAUAGACUUAAACGUUUUAACAGUGCCUCGCAAAGUAUUUGUGGUCGAAAAGCUUUAGCAUCUCUCAAACACUUGCUUAACACCUUGGAGUCUUAA